AUGCGGUGGGGCCCUCUAAGAGCGGCAGCAGCAGCAGCAGCGGCAUCGUUUGUGCUGCCGCUGCUGCUGCUGCAGCUAUUCCCGCAGCCUUCCUAUUCUCUCCGUGCCUGCAGCAGCAGCAGCAGCCGCAGCAGCAUUGCAGGACCCUACCUAGCAGGGGGGGCCCCCUCUGCAUUUAUAUCGGGGCCCCUCUCAGGCAGCAGGCUCUGUCUUCGUGCUAGCCGCAGUCAGCAGCAGCAGCAACAGCGCAACUACGUAAAUGUAGCAACUGCUGCUGCUGCUGCAGGAGGAGGGGCACCAGCACCUGGAGGGGAAGGGGGUUCUCCCCAAGGGGCCCCCGGGGCCCCCGGGGGCCCCCCACCCUCUCUAUCUGAUUCCCUUGAUACAGCAGCAGAUGCCCGUAUAAGAGACACAGUUGCUGCAGCAGCACAAGAAGGAGAUGGUAUUCUUUGUGUUAGUUCUAAGGAAGACGAAGCAGAAGCAGAAGCAGAGCAUACUGCUGCUGCUGCUGCUGCUGCUGGUGCUGCACUGACACCUGAGGCCCUUAAUAGGGCAGCACAAACAUUUGACCCUACCAAGAAACAACUCUGGAGUCAAGGGUGCCCCCUUGGAGGCCCCUAUGGAGGGGGCCCCUAUGGGGGCCCUCCUGGGCUCCAGCCAGGUGCCCCAGGGUAUGGGGGCCCUAUGUGGACCCAACCGGGGGCCCCCCAGAUAAGACCAGGGGGCCCCCUUGAGGCCCUUGCUCUGUGCAUGCAAAAGGGUUUAGAUAAGGGUACUGCUUGGUUAAGGAGAUGGAAGGAGAAUGAGGAAAGAGUGCUGCCUGUGCUGCUGUCUAAAUUAGAAGAAAAUGCUGCUAUAACAAUUGGGCAGAAGACUGUUGUGCAGCUACCUGAGCAGCAGCGCAUGCACUUUGUAGAGAACAUGAAGGAGUUAGGUGCUGCUGCAGUAAUACUAGGAUAUGCAGAGAUGGAUGAGGGAGCAGCAGGAGCAGCAGCAGGAGAAGCAGCUCGUGCUGCAGCAGCAAGAGCAGCAGCCCAAGGUUCGUGCUAUACCUUGGUGGGAUAUAAGAAGAGAGUUUAG